ACGAAAAAUCUUAGAAUUUUUUGUAAACUAAACAAGACCCUAGCUAAAGUCAUCUAAAAUUGAGCCGAGUCUAUUAGCUAGAGCAUCCAAAUACUCCAGCUAAAGUUUUACCUUAAAAAUCUAACUAGCUAAAUUUUAGUUAGGUGUAUCACAUAGAUCCUUAAUCAUAGGUAGGAGCUCCCUUUUCAUUGAGAACCGAAUGAUAUUUUCAGCCGAGUCGGAGGCAGCAUCGGCACGAAAACGCCCAAUUCCCAACUGGAACAACUGGUGCUUUGCUUGUACUACAUUCUCUUUGUAUAUAGGCGCCGCCGUCCUCCAAGUCCAAGCGGAGGCGGUCACGCGAACUGAAAUGCAGGUCCGGCUCUGCAGCGCUGCAACCAACGCCCAGCUCACUCCCGCCGCUUCCAGUUCCCACCCAACCGGCGACGGCGAUGGCGAUGGCGACGCAGGCCGAGCUCGAGGCGGCCGUCGCCGCGCUCGCGGACAAGAAGCGCCGUCUCCGGGAGACAUUCGACCGCCUCGUCGCCUGCUCCCCGGUCCCCCUACCCUUCCGCUGGGAGGACCUCGACGCGCACCUCGCCUCCAUCGCCGCCAGCUUCCGCCACCUCGACUCCACCCACGCCGACGCCAUCGCCGGUGCAGCAGCCGCAGCCGCUGACGCUAGGGGUCCAACCACCGCUGCUCAGCACUUCCAACACCUGGACAAGGAGGAGCAGGACCGGGAACGCCGCGUCGGGCGCGGCGCGUCGGAGGAGCGACACCGGAACGCGUCGUUGCACCAGGAACGCGGGGAGGAGAAGGGGGAGGAGCUCCGGGAGGCAUCCAGUUCGCGUUCCGACCGAGAACCGGACGCAGCGGGGAACAUUCUCGGGGCGGAGGCGGUGCCAAUCGAGGCAGCUCCAGAACAACUACGCGACGAGAAGGAGGAGGAUGCCAUGGGCGCACUCGUGGCGUCUCCCAUCCAACGCGACGACGAUAUCGAGAUGCUGGAGGAGGAGGAGGAGGCCGUGAACGGGAGCGCAGACAGAGAAGGCCGCGCGGACGAGGCGGAGGAAGGGGAGUGGCUGCAGCAUCCGCACGCCGCAGGCGGCGGAGAGACGUCGGCUCUGGCGAGAGCCGUCGCCGCGGCGUGCGCGAACAUGGACCCCUCCGCGCUGGUGGACGUGCUGCGCCUCGGCGGCAGGAGCUCCCUCCACGCGUUCCUCCCGGCGCUGCUGGGCGCCCCGGACCCCCACGCCCUCCUCGUCCGCGCCGUCGGCGGCUUCUUGUACCUGGCCUCAGCGGGGCCGGGGCGCGACGCGAGCGAGUGGUGGUCAAACUGCGUCGCGCUGAUCGAAUGCGCGCCCCGCCUCGCCGCCCCGUCGGCGGACGCGCUGGCGCAGGCAAAGCGCCUGGCGCGGCACUGGAAGGAGAUGGUGGUCACGGGGCCUGCGGAUGCUGGUGGCAGGGACAUGGGCGGGAUGGCUGGAUGGGGUUUUCUCAGCUUCAUUGCUUCCUACAACAUUGUCCCGGAGUUCGGUGCUGAUGAGAUCAUCCGUCUCUUCGACAAUAUCGCGCCCCAGGUGAAGGACAACUGCGUUGAGCUCUGCAAGCGUCUUGGCCUCAUCGGGAAGAUGACUGAUUCAAUCAAUCAUUUCAUUGAAAAUGGGCAGCCACUCGAUGCUAUAAGAUUGGCACAUACUUUCAGUUUGACUGACAAAUAUCCUCCACUUGCCAUCAUGAAUGAUUAUAUUGAGAAUGCCAAGAAGACUGCUGAAGACAUACUAAGCAAGGAAAGCUAUACACUGGAAUCUCUGAAUCAAGCGAUGGCAGAGAAGGUUGAUGCUCUAAUAUUUUCAUGGAGCGCAAUUGAUGGGUGCGAUAUUGAUUCUGUUCAGCGUAAUAGCAUCAAGGCAGAAAUUACUCAGCUGUUACACAAGUAUACAAACAAGCAGCAAAGUCUAGCAGGAGUUCCAGCCUCCAUUGCAAGUUCGCACCAGCAGCAGAAGUUUCAAGAGGAGUAUCAGCAGCGGCCACAAAUGCGACUGGUUGAACAGCAGAAGCAGCAGCGAAAGCCACAUGAGCUGCAGCAAAAACCAGAAGAGAAACAGCGCCAGCAGCAGAAGCCACAAGAGACGCAGCAUCGGCACAUUCAGAAUCAACCAGAGCCGCAGAAGCGGGAAAUGUGGCAAAACCGGAAAAGGAAAAGAGAAAACAAGAAUCGCAAGAGGAAACAGCGCAGGCAGAAACUGCAGCAACAGAAUAAACGCCCAUGGCUACCUCCAUAUGCCAGGCCAGGAAUUAACAUCCAGCAUGGGCAACCAUUUUCAGGAACUCGAAGAGCUCCGUUUGCAGCCACCACUACCAUACCUCGAUACUUUUGGUCCAUGUGAUGAUCGUUCUCAGCAUCACGUGCCAGUGGUCCUGUCAUUGAUGCCAGAGUAGUACUCGGUGAAGUUACUGUUGUAGUAGUAAGCUGAUGGUAGAAAAUAGAAGAGAAAGUUGUCCAGUGCUGAUUGGUUUUGCUUAGCUUUCCAUAAAAAAAAAAGCUUUAGUCCCCACAGUGACUUGUGUAUAUGCUAUGCACAGUUUAGCUAUCCUCGGUGGCUUGUGUUACUGAAACCUGAAUCACAACCAUCGACUGUGUAUGUUGGAUAUGACUAAUCAAGUUUGUCUAGUAGUUAUUCAUGUGUGAUUCUCGCAUUGACCGUAAAAAUGUUGCUUGUCACAAUA